UAGUUCAGUCACACACCUCACGUGUUUACACGUGGGUUGCAAAGCAUCACGUGAGCAGUAAAAUGGAAGAGUUUCUUGCUGGUGGUCUUCCUAAUGAAUGGUUGAGUUUGGUGAGGAAAUCAUCAGCAGAUGAUGAAGGAGUUGCUUCCAUUGAGAAUUUUUCUGAGGACACAAAUUCUUCUCAAGCAUAUGAUGCCAGAGAUUUGUCAAAAAAAGAUUCCUCUCCUUCAAAAGUGCAGCAGUAUAUUGAUUCAGUAUGGCAAUCAGAGAACCAAAAAGGAUUGACUAAUUUUAAGAACUCUAUACUAGAGGAUGAGUUGACUAUUCAUCACAAAGACUUGGCCUCAAUAAAUCCUCAGAAAGCAACUGAUUGGCUUGAGUCAGUUGACUUGUCCAUUGGGACCACUACUGAAUCCUUUCCUGAACAUUCAGCUAAUAAAUCAAUGCAAAGGAUUAAGGCUGGAUCUUUUCUAGCUGGAGGGUAUGCUCAGCAGCUUAGAACAGCACAAAACAAUCUCACCAGAAGCAGCGUUUGUGAUGUUCUACAUGUUCAAGUAGAUUUGGUGGUGUGGUGUUGCUCAGUCUUAGUUACUCAGUCUAUUCUAUUGAAUGAAAACUAUGAAGGAGAGUCUUAUUGUUUGGUGUUCUUUCAUUGUCAAUCAGACCGACCCAUCAUGAGAGGAUCAUUUGUUAGAAUACAGUCACCAUUUCAUUUAGUUCAUUUAGAGGGCAGUGAUAAUACUGUGUUCCCAGUAUAUUUGGCUAAACGCUAUCAGAUAAAUAAAACAUCAUUACCGUCAAAAAUUGUUAGCAGUUAUGACUUUUCUUCAUUGAAUAAUACUUGUCAUUCUGACUUGCUUAAAUCAAGAGCUUUAUUAAGACGUUUAUUUUAUGAAAAGAAGCUAGACAUUGUAAGACUAUUAGACAUUGCACCAGCUGAACCACACACCCAGCAAAUGUCUUCAUCUUUAUUAAAUUUUCAUCGCACUCCAACUACACUACUUCAUGCCCUUGAGAUUCAGAAUAAUAUAGCUGAUAAGAUGAUUAAGAUCACCUUUUCUGCAACUAUCAAACUGAGUGUAUUUGAAAAUAAUGAUCACAAAAUUUUAAAAAAUGGUAUCGGGUGCUACCAUGAAGCAAAGUGGGUAUUGUUGCUAGAAGACAAAGACUAUACCUUUUCAAAACUAAUGAUAGCAAAUGAGCACUAUACAAAAUGGAGAGAACUGAUUGAGAGAGGAGAAGGAUUACAGUUCGUGUUUCACAACAUCAGUGUAUUAAGAAAAGAAAACUCUUGCAGAUAUCAGAAUUUAUUACCAAAAGACUUCAGUUUAGAGGCUAUUGAUGAAUCAUUUUCAAUUAAAACCAUUUGGUACGUACUUGAGACAGAGUUUGACAGCUACUGGGAGAAGAGGAAAGUAUAAAUUACUUUUAAAAACCAAAAGUUAUAAUUAUAAUUAAUAAUGUUAAAAUAGUUAUGACGUAUACAUUAUGCUUCUUCCCUAUCCAACCAGGAUGCUUCACAGUCAUUU